AUGUCAGACAUCGAGCAGCAGCAGCAGAGCUCACAGGCUACCGUGACCGCCUCCGACGAGAAAGCUGGCGAAAUCAGCGUAGCAAAGCCUCCCCCAUUCCCCGAAGGCGGCCGCGAAGCUUGGACCGUCGCGUUUGGUGCUUGGCUCGCUGUGCUCGUGUCCUUCGGUUUCUUGAAUACAUUUGGAGUGGCUCAUUCGAAGUCUCAUUCACUACUGACCGACUUGUUCCCUCCUUUACUCAGAUUCCAGAGCUACUAUGCGGUCAACCAGCUCUCUAGUAUGUCUUCGUCAGGAAUUUCGUGGAUUGGCGCAUUCCAGACAUUCUCUCUUUACUGCAUGGGAACACCUUUCGGCGCGUUGUUUGAUCGAUGGGGCGCGAAGCUCCUCAUCGUCAUCGGGGGAGUCACCUUUACUCUCAGCUGCAUGCUCCAGUCCAUCAGCAAGCACUACUGGCAUUUCCUCCUCUCCCAAGGGCUCCUGGGGGGCAUUGCGCUGUCGUGCGUGUUUUCCCCGGCAUAUACCGCCGCGCAGCAUUGGUUCCUCAGGCGGCGUGGCUUCGCGCUCGGCGUCGUGACCAGCGGCUCCGCCGUCGGCGGCGUGAUCUGGCCCAUCCUCACGAACAAGUUGAUUCUCAAGGUCGGCUUCGGAUGGGCACUGCGCAUCAUGGGCUUCAUUUCCUUGGUGCUGUGUCUCAUCAGUGCGGCGCUGGUGAAGGGACGGCUACCCCCGAGGAAGGGGAGCACAUUUUUUGCGUUCGAGUUGUUCGCCAAGCCCGGAUACACGAUAUUCUGCAUUGGGAUGUACUUCGUCGUCUGGGGGUUGUUCUUCCUCACCUUCUUCCUCCCAAGCUACGGUGCACUCCAUGGAUUCGACUCCAACAUGACGUUCUACUCAGUCUCGGUGAUGAAUGCUGCGUCGCUGUUUGGCCGCAUUGUGCCAGGGUUCCUCUCUGACCGCUGGGGACGCUUCAAUAUGAUGGUAGCAACAGCCCUCGCAUCCUCAGUCCUCACUUUGGCGUCUAUUGCCGCUCGAGAUGAGGCGAGCAUCCUUGUCAUUGCCGUGUUCUACGGGUUCACGAGCGGGAACAUUCUGUCGUUGCAGGGGGCCUGUGUAGCACCCUUCAUGGACGAUCCCAGCAAAACCGGUGUCGCCGUGGGACAGUUGCUCAGUGUCAGUUCUCUGGCCGGGUUGACAGGGCCUCCCAUCGCAGGAGCUCUCAUUGCCAAACAUGGUUUCGAAGCGGCGCAGUUAUUCGCCGGGCUCACGCUGCUGGUCGGAACGAUCCUGAUUGCAAUAGCGAGGCAGUUUCUGUCCGCACCGGGGAAGCGGUGGUGGAUCUGAGUCAUCUUGAGAGCUGC